CAGAGCAGUCUGCGAUGGACGCCUCGUACGCCCCAAGGUUGCUACGCUCACUGACCGGCGACAAAGACCUGUUGUGCUCGUGUACUCGUCCGGAACAGGCCUGCGUCUUGGUUAUUUACACAGGCGGCACCAUUGGCAUGGUCAAAGACGAGAAAGGAGUUCUCGCGCCGGCACCGGGUAUCCUCGACAAGCGGUUGCGCAAGUUUCCGCAGCUACAUGACGAGGAAUACAUGAGAAGCCAUUUCGGUGAAUGCGCAAAUCCCCCGCUGGUCUUGCCAUCGACGGGAGAUAAGCGGCGGGUUGUCUACAGCAUAUCCGAGUACAGCCCGCUAAUAGACUCUUCCAACGUGACGGUUCAUGACUGGGCGAAAGUUGCCAGUGACAUUGAGAAAAACUACGACUUGUACGAUGGCUUCGUCAUCCUUCACGGCACGGAUACAAUGGCGUAUACGUCAUCCGCCCUCUCCUUCCUUCUCGAGUGUCUGGGAAAAUCGGUUAUCCUCACUGGAUCACAGAUUCCCAUUUACGAAGCUCGCAGCGAUGGGAGAGAUAACUUGCUGGAAGCUCUGGGAAUAGCUGGGAAUCAUGUUAUACCAGAAGUGACGUUAAUGUUCCACAAUCAACUGUUUCGUGGCAAUCGGGUCAGCAAGUUCAGUUCAUCGCACCUAGAUGCAUUCGCAUCAUUCAAUAUGUCCCCGCUUGCUACCAUUGGCAUCCACGUUGAAAUCAACUGGGAGCUCAUCUUGACACCUGCAGAAGGGAAAUUCCACGCCCAUACGACCUUGAGCAGAGAUGUGGGCAUACUACGCCUAUUUCCCAGCAUCACUGCUGAAUUGGUGGAGGCCUUCUUGGGGAAACAGAUGAAAGGUGUCGUGCUGCAAACCUACGGUGCAGGCAAUGCACCCACAAACCGCAAGGACAUUAUCGAUGCCAUUCGCCGCGCCGCUGCGCGAGGAGUCCUCAUAGUGAGCUGUUCCCAAUGUCCUCAUGGAGCCGUGGAUCCCGCCUAUGCGACGGGCAGCGAAUUACUCAAGGCUGGUGCUAUACCAGGCGCGGACAUGACUCCUGAAGCGGCGCUGACGAAACCGCACAAGCAGAUCCCCACUGUGACUUGCAUCAUGACAGCGCCAUCGGCGGACCUUGGCAUCCCAGUGUACACCGGAUCAACGGGCGAUAGACCCGUACAGGACUGGUUCGACCUAUUCGAGUUCCACGCUACCGCUGCGUCGUGGUCGGAACGGGAGAUGGUAGCCAACUUCAAUGAGUACGUCACUGGUGAGGCCUUCCGAUUUUACCUCACACACAUCUUCCAGAACAAUGAAUCGUGA